AUGAGUCGGCGGACACCUGUCCACACUGCCGCCUCCACCACACACACGCACACAACCACGCCACCACACACAACGUUCGGCAUUACAGACGGGGAUAUAACCAUCAAACGCGCAUCGAUAAACUCGGCGUCCUCACAUAUAUCACCCGUUCAAACAUCAACAAUUUCGUUAAGUAGCAGGUCACCAUCACCACACCACGCGGCACCCCAAAGGUCCGCAUCAACGACCCCUACUACGAAAUUAACAGGUACACAUACAGUACAUACACAUAGCACAGAGGUAACCGAAACGGAUGCUCUGGUAAUGGCGGUGCAAACCGCUCCCCAGAACACCGAUAUCGCGGUUAAGAACCAGUUAUCCAGCUAUACAUCACCACCAACGUCGAAUAACGCUAAACGAGUAUGCCCCGACAAAAUUCCGACCCCCGCGGUCGAACUCGAAUUUAGGUCAGGCCCCGUAACAGCUCUACUCGACUCCCAAGCACAAAAAUCGUAUGUAAGCCCGAACACCGCACAAAAAUUUGGCACCCCCACCAUGGACAACAAACUCAGGUACGAAUGGCGGAUGGUCACACCACAUUGA